CUACUACUAUACGAUUAUCUCCUAUUCAUAUCCUCUCUCACUGCCAUCACUCUCGCUUCUCUCGGACCCCCACUCCCUCACUCACUCGUUCACUUAUUCACUCACUACCCAUCCACCCACCCCGCCCUCCACUCACACUCUCUACACUCUACUCGACACUCCGGAUCACAAUGAAUCCCAACUUCGGCCGGUACUCCCGGAACUCCCACCUGCGAAACGGACAACCCACCCCGCCUCCCUACGAUGAAAACAGGCGAAACAAGCGAAAGCUCCCGGAGAUUGACACCGAAUACCCAAUGCAGCAAUACCAGCCACAACUUCAGCAACAGCAGCAGCCACAACAGCAGACACAACGGCUGUCCCAGCAGCUUCCCAGCCCUCCCCACGAUGAGGAACAGGCCAAACGGGAUCGCUUCCUAGAGCGGAACCGCAUUGCCGCCAGUAAAUGUCGGCAGAAGAAGAAGAAGCUCAACGAGCAGCUGGAGCGCCAGUUUCUCGAACUGCAAACCAAGAACUCCGAGCUCAGCACAGAGGUCGAGGAGCUUCGUGCCGAGGUGAUUGCCAUGAAGAACGAGUUGCUGAGGCAUAGCGAGUGUGGGGACCCGGCCAUCGCCCUCCAUCUCAGUCAAAUGGUCCAGAACAUCACCGCCAGGGACCACGCGGCUGCAGACCGUCGGUCCGCCGAGAUUUCCGAUCUGCUGAUGAUGGGCGAUCAUGCUGCCGCGACUACUGGGACCAGGGUAUCUGUUUCUUCCCUGACCAACUCCCCUCCUGGUCUCUCCACCUCCAGGUCGGUUAGUUCGUCGGGUUCCUCCGGCCUCUCUCCUGAUGCCGCCGCCGCUGCUGCUGCCUUCGGCUUUGAUAGCCCACCUCUGAAUAUCAUGCCAUUCACCAGCGGCCCCGUUGGCAGCAGCAACGACACAAACAGCGGCAUCAAGACGGCCAUGGAUGGCUCAUUGGACUCGAUGCCUGGAUACGAGUUCCUCGAGGAUCUAGCUUUGAUGGACUGAAUCAUGACAUGGGAUCAUAUAUGUUGCCGGCUACAGUUCACCCCGGCUCUACUGCAUAGCGGAAGGCCUUCUGAUCGACUUAUUUGAUUUAUUGCUUCAUUGAAAAGCCAGCGGGAGUUUAUGACUCGUACAUCACAUUUG